AAAUGCACGAUUGAUAACAAAAAAAUAAAGUAUGAACAAAAAGCAGUUAAAGAAUACAUUGAUUUCAAAUUACCAACUGAUCCAAAGUGGCCGUUUAAAAGACAAUAUUUUGGCUUUACCCAUAAGGUCAUGUUCGAAUUUUAUGGUGUGUAUGGCUUUUCUCAUUUUUUUUGUGCAAAAGCAAACUUGUUUGGAAUUAUUUACAAUGGUUAACGAUACAGAAAUUAAACAGAACAAGAUGUUGACAACUAUAACUAACCUUCCACAAGAAUAUAAUUUAUCAUUCGAUUUCAAGCCAACAGCAUAUUUAAACCAAACAGCGAACGUUAUUCAUUUAACAAUGAUGGGAGAUCAUAGUAAGUACGGUUAUAGAACACCAGCUGUGUGGAUAUCAUCAACCAACACAUUGACUUUUGCAUCAGCUAUUAAUGGCUCAACUAAUACUAUUUUUAAUUCAUUUAUAACACCACCAAUUAAUGAAUGGAUACAUAUUAAAAUAUCCCAAAUAAACUUUUUAAAUAGAUAUGUAUUUGCAGUUGAUGUUGCAAAUAAAAAUAUUUACACCACAACAAACAUUCUUUCAAAAAGUUUUGAUUAUGUAAGAGUUUACGUGGCAGAUCCAUGGUAUUCAGCUCAACCUGGGUUUAUUAGAAAAAUGGUUGUUGCUGACAUAAAAUCAGAUACAAAUAUACGUUUAAGACCAGUUAUCAAUGUUAGUAUCAGUGGUCUCCUAACAGAUAAAAGUUUUCUCUUUCUUAAUACUACAAUAUGUAAUGUAAAUAAAACAGACGUAGUUGCUUAUAAUUUAACGUGGAAAUACAUGUUGCCGUAUUAUUCAAAGAUUUUGUCUCAAAGUGGAAGUUAUUUAGACAAAGGCUCUACUUAUAAAAUUCCUGGUGCCUUUGGGACAAUAAAUAUAAAUCAAUAUAUGAAUAUAACUUUAGACAUGAAUAGCUGCUACUCACAGUGCGGCGACUUUAUUUUAGAAAUUCCAUUGAAGAUUUCGUUUUAUGAUUACGUUGGAUACGCAACUAACCAAUACACUUCGUUUAAAACAAUUGUGAAGACACUAGGCAGCUGUUCUUCAAUAAAUGAAAAAGAAAGUAACGCUUUAAAAGAAAGCUACAGCCGUGGUAUUUGUUGGGAUCAAGCAGAGUCUUGGAUAUAUGCUUGCUUGAAUUCAUAUGUUACAACCCAGCAGACAGCAUGUUAUGUUUCAAAUAACUUUGGAAAGGAUUGGUCAAAGCUAGAUAUUAGCGUUGGUUCUGUUCUCGGUCAUCAUUUGUUAACAAGAGAUUUGUAUGCUAUCCAUCGCAAUCAAAAAACUUAUUUGAUGUUUCACAAAGCAUAUGAAAAGUGGUUGGCAGUUCCUCACAAUGAGUUUAAUGAAAAUAUAUCUCAAAAUUUCAAUUUCUCUGCAUGUUUGAAGUUGGAAGGAACUUUUGAGCAGAUUUUAACAUAUCAAACUCAACAAUGGAUGGGAAACGACGAAGGAUUAUUUUUUCGAAAAUCUACAAACGAGACUUGGAGUCAAAGAAUUAAUUGGAAAGAUUUAAUGUAAAUAAUUAAACUAUAAAAUUUAAAUAGUUGCUUUCAAAAAAUAACAAAAAAUAAAAUUUAUAUACAUCUUUAUAUACUUUGCGUAUAGACAAUGCAACUUUUGUAAGUUUUUAUACGAUAACAUUAGAAUUAAAACUACAAACGUAAAAAAAAAAAAUUAAAAAUAUUAAUUUUAUUGUAUUUGUUGUUCGAAUUUGCACGU